UUCCUUCUGCCUGCGUCUCCCCAGCACAAGCCAGGCGCUCUCCUCCUCCUCGCAGGAGCUCCAGGUGCGUCACUUGGGCAGAAACUUUCCUGCCUUCCACCUCCCUUCCUUGCUGAGACAACGACCGGGCAAGACCCACCUGCUUGGGAGGGACAGGAGCUGGAGGAAGGAGUGAGCAGUGAAGCCCUGUUUAGACAAUGGAAACAGGGAGUGCAGCAAGGACAAAUGGGACCGCUGGGAAGCCAGAGGAUGUGAAGAGCCCGUCGGCCCCGAAAAAAGAAGAAGAAGCGAAGAAGACCACGAGCCCUGGUGGAGGUGAGAAGGAAGCUCUGAAGGGCACUGGUGGUGGUUCUUUGGAGACAGGGCAAAUCAAGAACUCCCUCUUCUCUGGGAGUGACUGGAAGAGGCCCAUUAUUCAGUUUGUGGAGUCGUCUGAUGAGAAGAGAUCGACCUACUUCAGCAUGGAUUCAGCAGAUUCAAAGAAGAUGCAAUAUAGCAGCGGACAGAUAGGAGACAUGAGGAGACCAGCCCUCUCCUUUGCAGAGAAAGGCGAUCUCAGGAAGUCCCUCUUCUCCUUAGAUUCCAAAAAGAGCUUCCUGCCUAGUGAGGGGGAAGGGAGGAAGUCAUUGUUCUCUGCGGGGCAGAUAGGGGACCUGAAGAAAACUUCCCUUCCUCUGGUGGAGACGGGGGACCUGAGAAGAUCCACCUUCAACAAGCCUGACAGAGCAGCUGGGUCACGGCCCAGGGUGAAGCUUGAGGAUGUUCUGUGUGAUUCCUGCAUUGAUAACAAGCAAAAAGCUGUCAAGUCCUGCUUGGUGUGUCAGGCUUCCUUCUGUGAGUUGCACCUCAAGCCCCAUCUGGAGGGAGCAGCUUUCCGAGAUCACCAGCUUCUGGACCCCAUAAGGGACUUUGAAGCAAGAAAAUGCCCUGUGCAUGGGAAGACCAUGGAGCUGUUCUGUCAGACAGACCAGAUGUGCAUCUGCUACCUCUGCAUGUUCCAGGAGCACAAGAACCACAGCACAGUGACAGUGGAGAUUGAGAAGGCAGGGAAAGAGGCUGAGCUCUCGCUGCAGAAAGAGCAACUGCAGCUGAAGAUCAUUGAGGUAGAAGAUGAAAUGGACAAGUGGCAGAAGGAGAGGGACCGUAUCAAGAACUACACCACCAAUGAGAAAGCCACAGUGGACCAGCAUUUCAAGGAGCUGAUCCGUGACUUGGAGAGGCAGAGGGAUGAAGUGAAGGCUGCCCUGGACCAGAGGGAAAAGAUUGCAUCAGAGAACGUGAAAGAAAUCGUGGAUGAGCUGGAAGAGAGGGCAAAGCUUCUGAGGGAGGACAAGGAGAACAGGGAGCAGAUCCACCAGAUCAGUGACUCUGUGCUCUUCCUGCAGGAGUUUGGGGCUCUGAUGAGGAAUUAUGUCCCACCUCCAUCUCUCCCAACAUACAGUGUGCUGCUUGAAGGGGAGAGCAUGAGCCCAUCCAUGGGACUCCUCAGGGAUGACCUCCUAAACGUCUGCAUGAGGCAUGUGGAGAAGAUCUGCAAGGCAGACCUGGGCCGCAACUUCAUAGAGAGGAACCACAUCGAGAAUGGUGACCACCGGUACAUGAUGAACAACUAUGAGUGGAAUCAGCCUGACAACUUGAAGAGAUUUUCCAUGUUCCUGUCUCCCAAAGCCAAUUUCAACCCACGAUCAUGGGAAUUUUCCUCCUUCCAAGCAACUGAGGAAACACUUGUAGGCAAUGGUACUAAGCUGCCUUUUCAGUUCUCCUCGGUGGGACAGAAUCCUCCUGGUGACUUCAGCAAACAGUCUGAUGGGAGCCUCUUCACUAAGACCGCUUAUCCUUCAAUAGUGAGACAUCAGUCUGCAAAGGUGACGCCACAGACAUGGAAAUCCACUAAGCAGUCUGUAUUGUCACAUUACCGCCCCUUUUACGUCAACAAAGGCAAUGGAGCCACUUCCAACGAGGCACCUUGAGGCCUGAAGAUUUAGGGAAGAGCUGGCAGCACUUGGAGUGAAGACUCAGCUGCGGAUUUUCAUGGAUGUACCUGCUACUAUAUUAA